CCGGCCCGCCAGGCUGCCCCGGGGCUCGGAGGCUGGCCGCGUCGUUCCCAACGGGCCGUUUGCUCCGCAGCUGGCCCAGAGCCACGUUUGCUCCUUGACGGAAUAUCGAGGGACGCACGGCCUCAGUGCCUGCCUGCCUGAUCAAGCACGGGGCUCUGUCGUGACUUGGGUUAUAGGGCGGCCUGGGGCUGCUUUUCCAGCUCCCCUGCGCUCCCGGUGGGGCGAGGAAGCAGCCCCGGUGUGACGGGCGGAAGGCGCCCCGGCGGCAGCGCCCCGCGUGGGCAUGGCGGCGGGGGCGCGGCGGCGGCAGCUCCCGGCCUGGAUGGGGGCGGCGGCGGACGGCCGGGUGGCGGCGGCCCCGUCCCCCGGCGCCGGGCGGCGACGGGCGGCGGCGGGGCGCAGGCCGGCGGCGCUGUACUGCAUGAACGAGGCCGAGCUGCUGGAGGUGGCCCUGGCGGUCCUGGCCGAGAAUCUACAGUGCGAGGAAGGUGAAGAGAAGGCCCGGUCUAGGAGCGAAGAGGAGCAGGAGGUCCCGCCAACACCAGAGGAGGUUCCUGGAAGCACGGCCAACACGGAUGGAGGCAGCGACCACGGUCCGGCACUUCCAUCCCCUCCUGGUGCUGGUGCUGACGCACAGGGGACAGGCGGGGAGAACUCUGAGGAUGAUGUCCUGAAAUACGUCAGGGAGAUCUUUUUCAGCUAACAUCUCUGACUUAUCAGGAGAAGAGGGCACAAUGGGGAGGGUGUCUUGUCUCCUCCCGCGGCCCUGGGAACGGUGGGAGGAGGGCCUGGAGGGGGCUCUGCAUCCAUCUGCUGUGUAGGAUACCCAGGAAGGCCAGAGGGGGAAAGGAAGGAGCUACUCAGUUCUCCCACUCUGUGCUGGCUCAGUGGGAUUUGGCUCCAGAUUAGAAGGUGUUCGUUUCUGUUUCACAUUUCAGAGCGUGGGCAGAUAAAAGAGGCCAUUCGGGUUUCUGUGAGUAUCCCUUUGGUGGGUUGGUGUUGGGCAUGGAGGGGAGCAGGGAGCUGCUGACCUGGAAGACCUUUGCUGGCAGAGCUACAUGGUCAUGGUUCAGCCUUGGGGGCUCCUUUGUCCUUGUGGUCCCUCUGUAACAGCUGCAGUGAGGCCUGGCAGGCUGUUCCCAUUGGGCCUGGUGGUGUUUGCCUCCAGACUCCAGCAGUCUUCCCAAUGCUGAGGAACAUGUGCGGGAGCAGGUGACUGCCCUGAGGGGGCUGGUCCCGUGGCAGCGUGCAUGGGGGUCUAGGAAGGGACCCUGAAAAUGGCUCAGUAUCCUCUUCCCAAUCAAAAAAAAAAAAAGGACAAACAAACCACAUGAGGCCAGCAUGUAUUGAAAUGAAGAAUCGGUCAAAUCAGCAUCACCAGCCUCAUCCCCACCAAGGCUGUAGCAAGAGAAGACAGACCCUCAUGUCCCUUGAAACAAAUUCACUCAGCUGCAAAGAAUAUCACUGUUAAGCAGGCAAUCUUUAUUUUCAUAAAUUCUCCCAACCACUGGAUGAAUUAAUGCAGCACGUACUUAGAAGGCUGUUACAUAUUCACUACCAAUAAAACUCCGGUUUUGAAAACUUA